AUGAAACGAGCUCUUGUAUCUUUAGUUCGUCAACGAGCACUUGCUCUUAGUUCUGAAUCAGUAAAAUAUCUUGGAUGCAGUCAUGUUUUUGCUUUAUCAACAUCUCGACCAAUGUCGACAACAUUAACACGUUAUGCUGCCCAAACAGCACAAAGAACGCCAAAAUUGUUUACAGAGAUUAGUAUGGAGCAAUACAAACAAGUUUUUAAUGUUAUUUACAAGAUCUUAAUGGAUCAUCACUUAAUACAAUUUGAUCAUCAUGAAGAAGAAAAGAAACAGGAUGCUUUUACUGCUUGUAUGCCAAUUCUGAAAAAAAUUGUUGAACAUAAUGAUAAAGAUUUGCAUCAAUGGUUAUCUAAAUUAUUGGUACAAUUGAAUAUUACUGCUAAUGAUAAACAAAAUCUUAAUGAAAUUUUCUCGACGAUUCUGUUUGAAAUACAAAAUUUAAAAGAUCGAUUAACAAAUCAGGAAUCAAAAAUUGAAUCUCAAGAAUUACGUAUUCAAACCCUCGAAUUAAAGCAACAAAUGUAA